AAGUGCUUCCGGGUUCAGGUUGUUCCUCUCCGUACGCCUAGCCCUGCUGCCGGUGCUUAGCUGGAAGCCCGUCUGUCCCGGAAGUGGCCCGGGCCAGUCCUUCGGGGUCCCCAAUGCCCCGCUGCUGCUGAGGGCCCCGGGGGCGGCGGCGAUGGCGGAGGCGGCGCUGCUGCUGCUGCCUGAGGCAGCGGCUGAAUCGGACGCUCGGGAGAGGCUGGCUCUCUGGGAUCGGAGAGCCGACCCCACGGCGCCGCUGACCGACAGGCAGACGGACUCAGUGCUGGAGCUGAAGGCGGCGGCGGAGAACUUGCCCGUGCCGGCCGAGCUCCCAAUUGAAGACUUAUGCAAUUUAACGUCCCAGUCGCUGCCCAUUGCACAGACUUCAAUAGUACCUGAAUCUACAGAAGACAUUCUCUUGAAUGGUUUCAUUUCAUUAGAAAUGGAAGAAGAAAAAAUAGAAACGGCACAGCAGUUUUUCUCAUGGUUUGCAAAGCUACAAACUCAGAUGGAUCAGGAUGAAGAAACUAAAUAUAGACAGAUGAGGGAUUACUUGUCUGGGUUUCAGGAGCAGUGUGAUGCUAUAUUGAAUGAUGUAAACAGUGCUCUUCAGCAUCUGGAAUCAUUGCAGAAACAGUAUCUUUUUGUGUCCAAUAAGACAGGAACCCUACACCAAGCCUGUGAACAACUCCUAAAAGAACAGUCGGAACUUGUUGAUCUGGCUGAAAACAUUCAACAAAAGCUUUCCUAUUUCAAUGAAUUGGAAACUAUUAACACAAAAUUGAAUUCUCCUACAUUGUCUGUGAAUAGUGAAGGAUUUAUACCUAUGCUGGCCAAGUUAGAUGACUGUAUAACAUAUAUCUCAUGUCAUCCAAAUUUUAAAGAUUAUCCCGUAUAUUUACUGAAGUUUAGGCAAUGUCUUUCUAAAGCUUUGCACCUCAUGAAGACAUACACUGUGAACACACUACAGAACCUCACAAGUCAGUUAUUAAAAAGGGAUCCUUCAUCUGUACCUAAUGCAGACAAUGCUUUCACACUAUUUUAUGUGAAAUUUCGAACUGCUGCUCCCAAAGUCAGAACUCUUAUUGAACAAAUAGAACAGCGAUCUGAAAAAAUACCUGAAUACCAACAAUUGCUAAAUGACAUCCACCAAUGUUACCUUGAUCAGCGGGAGCUCCUUUUGGGGCCUAGUAUUACUUGUACUGUAACAGAGUUAACCAGCCAGAAUAAUAGAGAUCAUUGUGCCUUGAUUCGCAGUGGCUGUGCCUUUAUGGUCCAUGUGUGCCAGGAUGAGCACCAACUUUACAAUGAAUUUUUCACAAAACCAACAUCAAAAUUAGAUGAACUUUUGGAGAAACUGUGUGUGUCAUUGUAUGAUGUCUUCAGGCCAUUGAUCAUUCAUGUUAUUCACUUAGAGACGCUUUCAGAACUUUGUGGGAUUCUUAAAAAUGAGGUGCUGGAAGAUCAUGUACAGAACAAUGCUGAACAACUAGGGGCAUUUGCAGCUGGAGUAAAGCAGAUGUUGGAAGAUGUACAAGAGCGGCUCGUCUACAGAACCCACAUCUACAUUCAGACAGACAUCAUUGGCUACAAGCCGGCUCCUGGAGAUCUGGCAUAUCCUGAUAAGUUAGUAAUGAUGGAGGAAAUUGCACAGAGUUUAAAAGAUGAACAGAAGAAGGUACCUUCAGAAGCUUCAUUUUCAGAUGUUCGGUUAGAAGAAACAGAGUCUAAUAAUCUGAGAAAAUCUGGUUCAACAGAAUCCCUCACUCCUAGACCACAGACCACAAUUUCUCCAGCAGAUCUUCAUGGAAUGUGGUAUCCUACAGUUCGACGAACUCUUGUCUGUCUCUCUAAAUUGUACAGAUGCAUAGAUAGGGCAGUGUUCCAAGGAUUAUCACAGGAAGCCUUGUCUGCCUGCAUUCAGUCGUUACUUGGAGCAUCAGAAUCUAUCAGCAAAAACAAGACUCAGAUUGAUGGACAACUUUUUUUAAUAAAGCAUCUGUUGAUUCUUCGUGAACAAAUUGCUCCAUUUCACACUGAAUUCACCAUUAAGGAAAUUUCCCUGGACCUCAAGAAAACUAGAGGUACUUUAUUGUCCUGGCUGGCACAGUUGGGUGUGUUCGACCUGUCCAAAUGUAUCAGCACAGGGUAUAGGUUUAUUUUAUGUUCAUCUGCAAUUUUUUUGCAUGCUGUGCUUGCUAAGCAUGUCACUUGUUUGGCAUUUUAUAAGGCAACCAGUGCUUGCACCUUGAUAAAUGAUUGUAAGAAAAACAGCAUCCAUAGGUACAGAAAGGAAACAGUAUUUGAUCUUUCAUUUGGAUGUAUGCCUUUAGGUGUCAGUACUUACCAUUUGGAUGUUUCAGCAUUAAAAACAAUGGCCAGUCAGGGAGGACCCAAGUACACUCUCUCACAGCAGCCAUGGGCACAACCAGCAAAGGUUAGUGACCUUGUGGCAAGCGUCUACAAGACCAUAAAAGCAAAGCUGCCUCUGACUUUGAGAAGUAUGUCAUUGUACCUAUCCAAUAAAGAUACUGAGUUCAUCUUGUUUAAACCUGUUAGGAAUAAUGUUCAACAAGUCUUCCAGAAGCUCCAUGUUUUGUUAAAGGAAGAGUUCAGUCCUGAAGAUAUCCACAUCAUUGCUUGUCCUACUAUGGAACAGCUGAACCUCUUACUGUCAGUUUCUAAAUAACCAGACGAGUCCGGAUGUGCUUGUAAAUGGUCUGUCCAAGAGCGGCUGAGAGUCAUGUGGCUGCAGGACACUUGAGGAACUGUACGUGGGAAUGUCUCUGAGAACCACACAUGCGUGCUACUUGUCGCUGACUGCAGGAUGAAAUACAAGCAGAGGGUUAAAAAAUUGGUGUUUCCCUU